ACUCAGAUUUUUCAAAUAAAGGCUGGAAAAUCCCCAUUUAUUGGAUAUUUGAUUACAAUAAUAUCACUUCCCUAUGUUAAAAAUUCACGAUAACAAGAUAUAUUGGUUAACCGAGAUAUUUAAUAACCCAGAUACUUCCUGUCCUCUUUAUCACAUCUUAAAUUUGCUCGAAUUACGAAAUCUAGUCAAUAAAAAAUAUGCUUAGUUUUCAGUGAAAUGGAUGAAUUAGAUGUAAAUUUCACUGGAUCAAAUCAACAACAAAGAAACACAAAUCCUCAAAGAUUUACGAACUUGCCUUCUGUUAAUUCUAUUGAAAAUGUGGAUGAUAACUCAAAUUGUCCUUCAGAACAAUUGAUAACAUCUUCUGUUAGAAGAAGAGUGCAGGUCACCAAAGAAAAAAUUGAAACAGGGUGUCUUAACAUUUUAUCAGCAAAAUAUGAGAGUUUGGACUAUGAUACAUGCGAAAAUUACCUAUUUUUAGAUGAGGAACGCAAAAAAGGAUUUACGUUUGUGGCUCAAAAAAGUAUAUCCAGAUGGUUUGUAUUUUUAUUAAUAGGAAUAAUUACUGCUCUGAUAGCAUGUAUAAUUGAUAUUUCCAUAGAGGAGUUGUCUACUAGAAAAUAUGCAGCACUAAGCGAAUAUGUUGAUCGAUAUGUUACAGAGGGAAAACUGUACAUUCCUUUCUUAUUAUGGGUGGCUUUUAAUGUCCUUCCAGUGUUCAUUGGAUCCACCUUAGUUUCUUAUGUGGAGCCAAUUGCUGGUGGAAGUGGCAUUCCUCAAGUAAAAUGUUACUUGAAUGGUGUAAAAAUACCUAGAGUUGUUAGGAUAAAGACAUUGUUUGUAAAAAGUAUAGGAGUUAUUCUUUCUGUAGUAGGAGGACUAGCUGGUGGAAAGGAAGGACCAAUGAUUCAUUCUGGCGCAGUUGUAGCUGCCGGUAUUUCACAGGGUAAAAGUAGUACGUUCAGGAAAGAUUUGAAUAUAUUCAAGUACUUCAGAGAUGAUCACGAAAAAAGAGAUUUCGUAUCUGGAGGUGCUGCAGCUGGUGUCUCAGCAGCCUUCGGUGCACCUGUUGGGGGUGUGCUUUUUAGCCUGGAAGAGGGUACAAGUUUCUGGAAUCAAGGUCUGACGUGGAGAACAUUUUUUGCCUCUGUCGUUAGUACCUUCACCCUUAAUGUUGUCCUUUCAUUAUAUCACGGGGUUCCCGGAAAUCUCAACUACCCUGGUUUACUCAACUUGGGAAAGUUUGAAACGUUUAAGUAUCAACUGUAUGAAUUGCCAAUUUUCGUACUGAUGGGUAUAUUUGGUGGGUUUCUGGGGGCUUGCUGGAACCAUAUUAACUUUAAGUUGGCUGUGUUUCGUAUGAGGUAUAUAAAGAAGAGAUAUGCCAAAGUGAUUGAAGCUUGUUUGGUGGCAGCAGUCAGCGCUGCUAUAGGUUUCCUGAUGAUGUUUUUCAUAAAUGACUGUAAACCAUUAGGACAAGAUCCUACGAAAUAUCCAACACAGCUCUACUGUGACGAUGGUCAAUAUAACGUUCUUGCCAGUAUAUGGUUUCAAACCCCAGAAGCAUCGGUUAGAUCUUUACUUCACGAUCCGCCAAAUACUCACAAUGCUCUAUCUUUAGCGUAUUUUGUGAUUGUAUACUAUUUCCUAGCAUGUUGGACUUACGGACUCUCCACAUCUAUUGGUCUUUUCAUUCCAACUCUUCUCACUGGAGCCGCCUGGGGUCGCUUGGUAUCAGUUGGCUUGAUCUACCUUUUUCCAAAUAGUGCUAUUGCUCAACCUGGAAAGUAUGCCCUGAUUGGGGCAGCUGCCCAAUUAGGAGGUGUUGUAAGAAUGACAAUCAGCUUAACUGUGAUAAUAAUGGAAACUACUGGUGAUAUAUCGUUCGCUCUACCGCUUAUCAUUACUCUGAUUGCAGCGAAAUGGACUGGUGACUUCUUCAAUGAAGGUAUUUACGACACCUAUAUUCAAUUGAGUGGAGUGCCUUUGUUACCUUGGGAGCCACCACCGUUAGUCCAUAACAUCUAUGCAAGUGAGGUUAUGUCUCAUCCGGCCAUUACUCUGAAAUGUGUCGAGAAUGUGGGGCAUAUUGUAGAACUUUUACGUUUGACUUCUUACAAUGGUUUUCCUGUAGUUGAUACACCGGCAUCUGAUCAGAGGGAAAUUAGAACUUCUGGAAGAAUCAGAGGCCUUAUUUUAAGGGACCAGCUUAUAAUCAUUUUAUUGAAGAAGAUUUUUAAUGAAACUGCGGAAUGUUGGGAUGACGUCAAUUUGGAUCUGUUCAGGGAUCAUUAUCCUAGAUAUCCAACUGUAAACGAUAUUUUACUAAGCGAACAAGAGAAAACCUUUAGUGUCGAUCUUAGACCUUUUAUGAAUCCAUCUCCUUACACAGUGCUUCAUUCUGCAUCUUUACCAAGAAUGUUCAGGUUAUUUAGGGCACUUGGAUUAAGACAUUUGCCCAUCGUCAAUGAUACUAAUGAAGUGAUAGGUAUGGUCACAAGAAAAGAUCUUGCGAGAUACAGAGUGUGGCACCACCAAGGCAGAAUAGGUGUAGAAGAAUUGUUGAUUUCUAAAGAGAUUUAAGGAUAAAUUAUAUUAUGUACCUGUAUAUUGAAAGAUUUUAUUUUUUGAUUCGAAUUUUAUGAUAUAGAUAUUUAUACAGCUUCUAUCAAUAUAUUAUAAAAAAAAAAUCUGUUUUAAAUAGGGAUUGGUGGAAAAAACAACCAUUUAGCAGCUAUUUUUAUUUGUAAAAAAAUAUCAUAACUUCUAAAUUAGUUAUUUGAUUUCAAAUGGUUAGUCCAACUAUUAACAAAAUUUUUCAAACAAUUUCUACAGUUUUGAAAUGAGUAUAGGGUAAACACACUGGUAAUAUUAAAAAUACCAUCUAUAUAUCACAACCGCUCCGAAAUUUGUCGAUAAUAAGUGGUGAAAACGCUUCAAAUUGGGAAAAAAUGUAGUAUAAUCUUUCUAAGAAAUAAGCAACAAUUUCAAAAAGUACAACCAACUUUCAAAGAGCAACGGUAACACACAAUAAAAA